CAGCCGAACAAAUCCUCCCUUCUCUUUCGUUCCUACAAAGGCAAUAUGGCUAGAUACACCGAAUAUCAGGUGGUUGGACGCAAGCUUCCUUCCCAACAGGAGCCUUCUCCUAAGCUCUUCCGUAUGCGCAUUUUUGCUCCUAACGUUGUUGUUGCCAAGUCUCGCUUCUGGUACUUCUUGAAGAAGCUCCGCAAGGUCAAGAAGGCCGCUGGUGAGAUUGUUGCUGUCAACGAAAUCCACGAAAAGCGUCCUGAACAAAUCAAGAACUUUGGUAUCUGGAUUCGUUAUGACUCUCGCUCUGGUACUCACAACAUGUACAAGGAAUACCGUGCCAUGAGCCGUGUUGAAGCUGUUGAGACUUGCUACCAAGAUAUGGCUGCUCGUCAUCGUGCUCGUUUCAGAUCUGUUCAGAUCAUUCGUGUUGCUGAAAUCAACGAUGCCGAUGUUCGUCGUCAAUACAUCAAGCAACUCUUGACACCUAAGCUCUCUUUCCCCUUGCCUCACCGUAUUGUCAAGGCCGACAAGAAGCACCGUGCUCUCUUCAUUGCCAAGAGACCCACCACUUUCUACUAAGUUUAAUUACAACAUACACAUGAAAAUAAAACUUGAAGCGCCGACAUUGUUCAUUGUUCUGCAUCCCCCAAAAGAAAAAAAAGUUCUAUUUUUUUCUUUUUUUCUU